AAGGUCUCUGGUAUAUGUUUGUGUAUGUCGCUUGGCGUUUUUUUAUAUUAAGUAUCCGUGCCGAUAAGAAUAUGAUUUACGGACGAAUCAAUAAGGCUUAAGACAUCAGGUCCAGGAUUUUGAGUGAAAUUCAUUCAUCUGUAUGGUUGAAUAACAUUAUAACUGAUGUUAUGUCUCCAACUCGUGAUAAGAACUCUAAUUGCUAACCCUAACACAAAACUGUACAUCACAUUUUUUGCAAUAAUUUAUAGCCCUCUUUUGAUUCUAGUGAACGGUUGGGUUUUUUCAGGUUCUUUCCGAAUUGCUCAGAUGUCGUUCAUAAAUUAUAGUCUCAACGAAAGCUCCAAUGAUCUCUUCAUACGGUACAAUAGCUCCGAUUUUAUUUUGAACCAUCAAAAUCAACGUUAUUGCAUGAAGAUUUAAUAGCUGUUUUACUGGUUCAUAAAGUCCAGAUCAUGCAGGAUUUAUUCAGAUAUUUCGUUUUAUUCAUUAUUUUUUCACUCGAAUUUUUACUUGGCGAAAAUAAUGCUGAACAAGAUUAUUAUGACAUUCUCGGGAUAAGUAAAUCAGCCUCAAAUAGUGAUGUUAAAAAAGCCUUCCGGAAACUAGCGUUAAAAUAUCAUCCAGAUAAAAAUAAGGAUGAAGACGCACAGAAAAAGUUUGUGAAAAUUGCUGAAGCUUAUGAUGUGCUCUCUGAUGAUGAAAAACGUAAACAGUAUGAUAGUGUUGGACAUAGUUAUUAUACACAACAGCCUGGUGGAAGUGGUGCUCCAGAUUUCGAUUUUAAUAGUUUCUUCCGAAACUUUGAUAUGUUUCGUCAGCAUAGACAUACUGAUGAUCAUGGUUCGUUCUUCAAUUUUCGUGGUUUAUUUGACGAUGAUGAUGGUGAUGACGAUGGCUUCUUUUCACCAUUCGGCAGCAUGUUCCAUUCAUCAGAUGAAUCUCAUGGGUUUGUUAGACAUCAAGGUCAACAAAACUGUCAAACUCAAACCAUACGAAGAGGUAAUACAAUUAUUACUCAAACACGUUGUUCUUAAUUACAUCCUAGAAGUGAUUUCAUUGGUAUUAUUUUGUACUAUUAUACAAAAAUAUCUCACUGUUGUUUGCCCUCUUGAUAAGCUUAAAAUUGUGUACAGCCGGUGGUCGUUAUUAUAAUGUUUUACAAUGUCAUUUUGUUUAUAUGAACGUUGUAUUACUUUUUCUAAUAAUCCACAUAAAAUAACUGGUUGUUCAUAUCACACACAGUGUUUUGUUUUGUUUGGAAAAAAGUGUUUUUUAUAUCUAAAGACGUGUGCCUACUCAUUCAUCUCUUCUGCUUUAUUCUCUUGAGACUACCAUUGUCUUUCUCUUGUCAUUGGUUUGCGUGGAUAAUUUUAAGGAGUAAAGAAAAUGUAUAAAAGGUAAUUUCCACAAACAUUAAACAACCAUGAUAAAUAAAAAUUUCCACUAUUUCGUUCGUUUGAUAGAUAUAACCAACUGUUGAUUGUUGUUUGGUUCAACAAAUUUCUAUAAUAAAAAUUAAAGCCAUC